AUGGCGCGCCUUUAUUUCCAGUCAGUAGCACCUUUAUUUUGCCUCUUGUUGGCACUCGUCUACCGUGCAGACGCACUCCGAGACUCAAGCUUCUCGAACCGGAUAGAAUCUGUCAUCCGCAUGGAAGGAGAUCAGGAGGCUGCGCCAUCGAUUGCCGCGGAAAUGCCGGUCGUCAGUUUCGUUGAAAUAGAGGAGAAGUACCCCGGCCUUACAGUCGCCGAGAUGACGGGACUGCCUGUUGAAGAGGCGUGUGCCUGCAUGGUGAAUCAGAAAUGCUCGCCUGAUAAUUGA